AUGGUCCAAGAAAGCACUAUGAUAUGGCAAGUACUUCCUUGUUAUAAUCUGAUUGCCGUUACAGUUGAAAAAAGUGUUUGCAGUGUGGAUAAUUCGGAGUGGAUGCGUAAUGGUGAUUUCUCACCAACCCGUUUACAGUGUCAACAAGAAGCAGUCAAUCUGAUCAUGCAAUGCAAAUUGCGUGCCAAUCCCGAAAAUGCUGUUGGCAUACUCUCGAUGGCUGACACCGUUGAAGUGCUUUCAACGAUGACGCAAGAAAACGGGAAACUUUUCAUGAAACUUCAUCAAAUUGAGCCAAAGGGUGAUUCGGACUUCGUGAACGGUAUCAAAAUAGCGCAUUUAGCACUGAAGCAUCGCCAAAAUCGUAAUCAUAAAAUGCGAAUCGUAUUAUUCGUUGGUAGUCCCAUUGAACAUUUGAAUGCAAAUGAAUUGACGAAGUUGGCGAAGAAACUGAAGAAGGAGAAGGUACAAGUUGAUGUGGUUUGUUUUGGUGAGGCGGAUUCGGAGAAUAGUGAAAUUAUGGGACAAUUUGUGGAAACGCUGAACGGAAGGGAGGGUAGCAAUGGAUCAAAUUUGGUGGUAGUAUCAAGUGGUUGCACUUUAACCGAAGCACUGCUUUCGUCACCGGUUUGUCGAGGUGAGGAUGGAGCUGCAGCGCCAGUGGUUACUACUGGAGGUGGUGGAUUCGAGUUCGGUAUUGAUCCUGAGGAUGAUCCCGAUCUAGCGCUGGCACUUCGUGUGUCGCUCGAAGAGCAACGUCAAAGACAGCAACAAGAAGCUGUGACUGGCGGAGGUGGUGGGGCAGCUGAAACAACUGACACCACACAACAACCGAUGGACACAAGCGCUCCGGACAUAAUGACAAUGGAUCCGGGUGCAAUGACCGAAGAGCAGCAGUUGGAAUGGGCACUGCGUAUGUCGAUGCAAGAAGGCAGUGGUGCUAGUGCUGGUGCAGCAGGGAUGGACACUACACUAUCAACUGAUCAACAACAAACAACCAAACAAGAGUCCAAACCACAAGUAGAAACGUCAAAUGGAGCACCGGAAACGGCUAGUGCGUCUUGCGUAGCGCAGUCAAGUAAUGCCUCGAAUGAACAAGUAAUGGAGAUUGACAACGAAGGCGCUGGUGGAGGUGAGAGUGCGGUUGCUGCUCAACAAUCGAACGAUAAAGAUAAAGCCGAAGCUCAGGCUGCUGAAGUGAAAGGUGGUACGGCAUCGACAGAUGAUCAGCUUGGCCAGUUGAUGAGUGAUCCUGAACUGCUGAGACAGUUGGUAGCGGAUCUGCCUGGUGUAGAUCCGAACUCGCAGGAGAUUCAAGAUGCCGUGAAUAGUGCGGCGGCAGCGACGACUGAACGGGUGAGUUCGAUUACGGGCUUUUCAGGGAAACUUUUUACAGUAUUUCGGUCAUACUUUCAGGCUCAAAAGCAAUCAAAGAAGCAUGAUGAUAACAAAUCGUCCAAAUGA